UGAUUCUUUCAUGUCGCUCACACGCCGGUGGCUUAUAAAACAGUCGGGGUCUCCUCUCGUCGCAGUCCUUCCUCUCAGCCUCACGACGUCACCCCCGCGCUUCCGUUCCCACCCCCACCAUUAACGCCCUGCUUAGGGAGGGGAAGAACUCAAGAAAGGCGAGACCUUCUGCGGUUUCUCGAGAUCUCGCUAUGGUAAGGAGGUCCCAUGGAGGGUUCCGGCUCGGCCGGAAGCUGCUCAGCCUCUGGAGGUGGGCGCUCUGCGGCCGGCGCCGCCGGCGCCGGGGAGGCUACCUCCGUCUCCAGCAGCCUUGCUCCGGCGUCGACUGCACGGAGCGCGCGGCCAAGAAGCUCGCGCCGGUGCUGCGGUGGGGCCGGUCGCUGGCGCGGCGGCUGAGCCUCGGGUGGGCGGCGGGCGGGAACCGGAUGCUGGACGGCAGCGAGGCGGUGUCCACGCCCAAGGGGCAGGUGGCGGUGUACGUGGGCGGUGCCGCGCCCGGGGAGUCGAUGAGGUACGUGGUGCCGGUGGUGUACUUCAACCACCCCAUGUUCGGGGAGCUUCUCAAGGAGGCCGAGGAGGAGUUCGGCUUCCAGCACCCCGGCGGCAUCACCAUCCCCUGCCCCGCCGCGCGGUUCGAGCGCGCUGCCGCCGUGGCGGCCGCCGGGAAGAAGGGCUUCGGCAGGUGGUAGCAUAGCAUCACUGCAUCAGUCGUUAGGAGAUAGAGAGCCCUGACCGCCGCCGGCCGGUGGUGCAGGCGGAUGGUGUACAUAUGUGUUUCCAUCGGAAGGGGCUGGCUGGCUAAUUUUGUUCUUUCGAUUCUUGUUCCUGUUUAACUGGUGUAUGCGGUUCUUUGUUUCCCUUUGGAUUAUAUAUAGGCCACUAUUCUUGUUCCGAA